AUGGACUCGAACAGGAAAUCUACGGUUUCCUCCUUCUACGGCCGAAAAACCUCUAUGGAUGCAUUGAACAGCGAUUUUCCUUCUCCCUCGACCCCAAAUAUCCAUAAUUACCAACAAGCCAGGGGGCGAGACGACGUUUCGUCAUUCUACGAUGCUGAACACCGAAAUUUGGAUAAUGGUCAACCUGGUACAGCUGGUUAUAAUCGCAACUCAUUCUUUUUUGCUGGGAGAGAGGAACCUGUGAAGGGUGGCCGAGAUGAAGAAGAUAGAGGACACGGUGAAGCAUGGGACGUUUACGCUGAUUUCAACAAUGCCGGUCCAAAAUACAGUUCCGUCUUCGAUGCUACCAGCCAAGAAGGAUACCAACCAUUAGCGCAUACUCCAAAGGCUGAAGAUGCCAGCACAAUUGGCCCAGUUGAGCUGGUAACUGUACCUGCGAUGGGACCUGAGUGGAAGCGGGAAGAAAUGCAUAACAUGACGAAGAAGUCACGGAAGGCCAACAAGGCGGAGGCAAGGGCUACCAAAUGGAAAGAAUGGAACCGUGGAAAUCGAGGUUGGUGUGGAGGGUGGCUCACAAGAAGGGUACUGGUGAUCGUUGUCUUUAUAAUCUGCGCGAUCAUUGGAAUCAUUCUGGCCUUUGUUAUCCCUCGUGUACCCAAAUUGGCAUUUAACAGUGAUCACCCGCUAGCCAAUGCAACAGGAAGCUGGGAAGAGGCUGUGCCUCUCACUUUCCAACGCUCACCCGCCAACUUUAGCUUCGCAGCGUUUGCCGAUUUGCAAGUGGAUACCACUGCCAGCUAUGUUCCUAUCAAAUUCAACCCGUUGCAUGCAGAGGUUUACGACACAGACACGAACCGUAAAGUUGGUUCUGGUGACCUAUCCCUCACAUUACCCCCGAAACGCUUCAACAAUAUCCUGCUUCCGCUGAACUUCAGCUAUAUCGCCUCCAAUGACACAGACCAGACUUGGAGAAAUUGGUAUGACGCUUGCAAAAACCAAGGCGCUUCUCCUGGUGGAGUGCGGAAGGGCCUCAAAUUCCGACUCGUCGUCGAGAUGCACAUAUUCGGGCUGAUCGGUACGCAGAAAACUUCAACCCCAGUGUCCAAUGUUGCAUGUCCCAUCGAGCUACCUAUCACCAGCGUGUAAAAGCUCUUUCUCCUUGCCGGUCGUUUGAUGUUUUGCUCUCCUUAAAAAUCAACGUUCUUUACAUCUAUCCUCCCUACAUAUAACGUGGACUCUUCUGGGAUGUCUUUUCUUAAUCUUUAUUGUUAUUGACAGCCACGCCAAGUUACAGUGUCUUAAUUCAGACUUAUGCGUCCUCCAUUUCCGUUUCCACUUUCUACAUCUCUAUCGCUAUCGUUAUCAGUGGCUGCUCCCAUACUGUAAGAUACUUACAUGGACUUUCUUCAACGCGAGUGAUUUGUGGUGUCACGUCCCAAAAU